AUGACGACUCCUUCUCAAUAUGCUGGUCUAGCUGCUACCUGGACUUUAGAAACAGGAAAAGCGCCCCCAACUGAGAAUAUGCUUUUGCUCGAUAGUGGAUUUGCCGAAGCCGUCUAUGCGCCUGAUCAUCGAAGCAUUGUUGAUCGCGUGGAUAUUAUGGACGGCGGCAAGUAUCGCUCGAUUGUCAAGUUGCAAAUGUCUUACGAGGGAAUACCCGCCGAAGAGAAAAGGGCAUCAAUGGGUACAGGUUGGCUGAUCCGCCCAGAUCUCCUCGUGACUGCUGGACACUGUGUUUAUGACCAUUCCGGAAAUGAUGGACAGGGAUUUGGUCGAGUAAAUGCCAUGCUCUGCCAUAUUGGCUAUAACGGUCGUGAUUCUUUGAAAUCCCCCUAUGUGCAAUCUCGAUUUGCGAAGAAGAUCGUGACCACUGGCGAGUGGAUCGACAGUCAGGACAACCGUCAUCGAGAUGUUGCCUUUGUGCAGCUUGAUAAACCUUUCACGGGUCAUCUUGGGUUAUUUUCAUUCGCACCAACUCCUAUGAAGGACCAUGAUGUGAUCGGUAUUGUUGGAUACCCGGGUGAUAAUUACCUUAAGGAUAGCGAUGGCAUUCAAGAAAUGGGUGCUCAGAUGUAUGAGGAGUUCCAGAACAUCAAAUAUAACCGAGAAGAGAACGCAUUGAAGAUGCUGCAAUAUCGUUUGUCGACCUUUGGGGGGCAGUGUGGAUCUCCGGUCCUCCGCAAGACGACUCCCAAGAUGUCCAUUGGAGCUCACUGCUACGGUGAAAACGAUAAGAACUCUGCCAGCCCUAUUGGAGAACAGGAGGGAGUUGACUAUAAUGUCUACAUCUCGACCUUUGUUACCUCCUACCCAACGGUCAAAGAUGUUUCUGGUGUCACCUUCGUCGAUCCCCGCCCUCUGCCUGUAACGGUGCCUAGAUUUCCAUCUCCAGGUUCCAUACCUGAAACCCAGGAGGAUUUCUUCGAUGCUCUCAAAUCCAUCGUUGGUAUCACUCCUCGGGCUGGGAAAGCCGCUUCAUCAAUGGCUUCUCCGCUGCUUGGGCCUCUCGGUGGGCCUGUGUCUGCUAUCGCCGGUGCUGCCCUUCUUGCUGCUGCCAACGCUGCUGCUGCCGAGUUGGGUCCUGGGAAUAUCCCACAAACAGCCCAGGGAAAAUCCGAACGUGCUAUUCUCGCGGAGGCAUCACUUCAGGCUGUCCUCGGAAUUUACGACCCGGACCUGGCUGACAAAAUCUUUAAAGAAAUGACAGCUCAUUACUCCGAGUUGGCAUCCGAUAUCACCAACAUUGCACCCCAGAUGACUCCUUUGCUAAAGGAUUCUGCACUGAGACUUGCUGUCAGCGGCGAUUAUCUGAGGAAGGUCGAUAAUAUGAAGCUUGGCAAUCGCAGACCUAUUAGUCAAGAUGAAACAGAAUCUGUCUCUGAUAUCGACGCGCCUAAUUCUCCGUUUUUGGAGGCUCUACUACAGCCAACCAGACCUGUCGACGGCGAGGAAGGUUUCUUUGAUGGACUGGGCUCUAUACUCCGUGCCGGCGCUAGGGAGGUCUCGCCGUUUGUGGGAACGCAGGCCAGGAUUGGAUUGCAACUGCUAAAUGACGCUUUCGCACAGCAUGAGGAAGACAGGGUAUCCCAAGUCCCGAACGAUGAAAGGGUUGAUGAUAUGGCUACCACCUUGCUCAACAAGCGGGCUAUUUUGGCGGAGGCAGCCCUUCGUGCGCUGAUGAAAUUUGACAAGCUUGACAUUGCCCGAAUCUCUGAGACUGAGACGGAGUUAAAUUUUGGCCCCGAACGGUUCUUUGAUGGCGUCAAGUCCAUGGUCCAGCUUAUGGGUAGUGCGGUAUCCAACGUUUCUCCAAAAGUGAUAGACGCUCUUUUGCCAAUCGCGGCAGAUGCCUUGAGUAGGGACUCUACAAAGAGCAAUGCCCUUUCGCCGCCACCCCAACGCAAAAAGCAACCAUCCUUUAUUGAUCUACUCAAGCCUGUUGUUCUUGUUUAG